AUGGAAAAGAAGAGGGAUUCCUUCUUUUUGCCGAAUAAGAAUCAGAAGAAUAAACAUCAGGGUAGCGGACAAAAUAAGAAUGAAAAGAAAAACAUUGAUAGAAAAGAAGGGGAAUCAUCAAAAACAACAAAAAGACAAAACAGUUUUGAUAACAAUAGACCAAACCUUAAUGAACCAUCAGAAAAUGGUAAUGGUAAGAAGCCAUUUGAUAAAAAAACUUACAGACUAAAAAAAUACAGCAAGAAAUAUAAGCUUGAGCAAUGGGAGGAACAGAGAAAGAAGAGGUUGUUACAUGAAUAUCAAAAAAGCAUGAAAAAUGAUGAGUUAGCUGGAACAUAUAAACCGAAAACAUUUGAUGAAGAUGUCCCAGAUUCUGGGGAAGUUGGAAGAUUUGUGAGGCACCCAGAUUUAAUAGAGAAAGAUUUGCAAAAUGAUCAAAAAUCUAAAAAGGUUCCCUUCGCAAAAGCAAAGGAGCAAUUUAAUAAAGUGAAGGAGGAAAAAUUGCAGAAGCAGCAGGAAAAGGAGAAAGCAAGAGAGGAGAGAAAUCAAAAGUUGCAAGAAUACAAGAAGAAGAAGCAAGAAAGAUUUAAGAAGUUGAGUAAGAAAACAAAGAAGGGACAACCUGUGAUGUCAGGGAGAAUGGAAUUGCUAUUGGAGAAGAUUAAAGGGAAAUAA